CCAGACCGGAAGCACAUGCUGGCGCGCUGCUGCUGGUGUUGUUAUCUUCCGUGACAUGUAACAACACACAUUAUUAUUGUGGGUUUUUGUUUAUAUAACUUAGCAGCAAAAUAUCAGUGAAUGGCAGCGACGGUGGCGACGCCUGCCACUCCCGCGGAGCUAGUGCCGGAGCGGUGCGGGAGCGAGGAGGAGGCCCGCGGGGAGCCGGAGGACGGCGCUCCGCCGCCGGCGGCCCCCGGCCGGCCGUCCAGGCUGCCGCUGGCCCGCAUCAAAGCCCUGAUGAAAACCGACCCGGACGUGUCGCUGGCCAGCCAGGAGUCCGUGUUCAUCAUCGCUAAAGCCACGGAGUUGUUUGUUGAGAUGAUUGCCAAAGAUGCUCUGGUGUACGCUCAGCAAGGCAAGAGGAAAACAUUACAAAGAAAAGACUUAGACAAUGCAAUAGAGGCCAUCGAUGAAUUUGCCUUUCUCGAAGGCACACUAGACUAAAGACUGCUUCAAUGGUCCAAUCAGCUCCCUGAAUAUCUGCAUCCAUCCAACAGGCGCUUCUACCAGGUCACAAUCACUGUGGGGAACCUCCUAGUAUUUUUCUAAAAGAAACGUAUUAACAUCACAUUGGUGAUGUUCAUUAAUGCUUUUUAUACAAAAUGCAGUUAAGGCUUUUUUCUUAACUAUGAAGAUAUCAGUGGAAAUGUGUAAAAUUCUUUGUAAAUAUUUGUUAAAUGCUGUAGUACAAUAAAAUAAAUGUGUUUUG